CUCAUAGCCCACAACCACAUUUCUAGAGAGAGAGAGAAAGACGGCCCCUCUCCUCUCCCACUGGUCUAUGAGUCUACAGUUACGGAGACUAGAGAGUUGCUGCUGCCCAAGUCUCUCCAUCUCUGUUCUAGUGUGUGACUGUGUGUUUUUUUAUGGAAAAAAGUUGUCAUUCCUCCUCUAGUGGCGCGGCUGGUGGUGGUGACUCUUCGAUUACCACCGCCAGUAGUGCUGCUACUACUACAACUUCCAGUAGUAUCACCACCACCAUUAGUAGCAGCAGCAACAACAACAACAGCAACAAUACAAAUAACAGAGAUGUUUAUCUGAAACAUCUCAACAAAAUCUCACAUAAAAUCUCCAAACCCAUUCGUCGGCCUCCCGUGUUUGAUCAGAAUAAUCAGGAAAUUUCAGCACCGCCACCACCACCACCACAAGUGCUGCCGCCGCCUGCUGCUCAAUCACAACAAUCCCAGCAACAGCAGCAGCAGCAGCAGCAUCAGCCGCCCGUGUAUAAUAUUAACAAGAAUGACUUCCGUGACGUCGUUCAGCGUCUCACGGGCUCUCCAGCUCACGAGCGGUUUUCGACUCCUCCUCCUAUACAGCCACCGAAGCCCCCCAGCUCACGGCUGCAGCGGAUCCGCCCUCCUCCCCUCGCCCAGAUUAGCAACCGCCCUCCUCCCUUGCCUCAGAUUAAUAACCCGAUGACCUGUGGUAAUCCCACCGGAGGAGGAGGGUCAGCGUCAGCGGCGGGGUUCCUCGUCGGUCAACGGCAGCCUUUGUCUCCUCUUCCACCGUUCCCGGCUGUGCAUGCGGCGGCGGAGUCUCCGAUCUCCGCUUACAUGCGGUUUCUCCAGAGCUCGGUCUCCUCGGCUGCUUCUCCCAAGUGGAACAACCUUCCGCCGCCGCAGAUGCCGCCGCCGCCACCGGCGCUGCAUCAGCAGCAGCAGAACAUUCCUCCGCCGCCGCAGGGUUUUCCUCAGUUCCCGGUGCUUCCACCGACUUCGCCGCUGGCUUUUGGAUGUAUCCCGUCGCCGAGGUCGCCCUACGCUUUACUGUCCCCGAGCUUGCUAUUUUCGCCGACGGGUCUAGGUUUUCCGCAGCUGCCGUUGUCUCCUUCGCUGCCGGUGCCGAGCCCGAGAUGGAAGGGUAUUUGAGGAAAAUUGACAAAAAGGGGAGUCAAAAGGCUACCAGGUAUGUGCUUCUUGACAACAAAUUAUAAUCCCAGUACAGGAAGAGAAAUGUUCCUCAGCCUUUUGUUACUCUUCAUGCUUUGGAGAGGGCAAAAACAAGCAGUUGAAGUGGCUGCAAACUCUUCUCUGAAUGCUUCCCACUCCAUUGUUCGUACCACCUCAGUUAUGUCUUAGCUGAGCUGACCGAGUGUUUUUAUUAUCUGCUGGUAUAUACAGCGAUUAGAUGAGCAUGUAGUGCUGUCUCCGUGGAUACAAUCUUGUGAAGUUCUGAUGAUAGUUAGCUAUCAGUGUAGAUCCUGAUGCAUUUUAAUGUUGACAUUUGGGGCUUAGUUCAAAACCCAUGUGCUACUCCCGGAGAAGUUACCAUCUGCGGCAUCUCUCCUAAUGGAGAAUGUGGUAUAAACAAAUGGAUUUUGUAUGAAUCCAGCUUAUUUUUUUGCUUUGAACACACACAGGCUGCGACCUUGGUUUGCACCUGGAAAAGGUAAGAGUUCUUUUGGAAAAGUUGCAUCGUUACUUUGUAUUUUAUUACAAGUUGAACUUCCCGUGAACCCUUUAUGAUCAAGAUUAUGGCUUCCUGGCCUAAGGUGGUGGUUGUGUCAUUGACCAGCCUUAUGGAGAAGUUGCAGCUUCAGUUCUGAUCCUGCUUUUCAUUGUUAUAAAUUUGCAAUUUCCACUUGCUUUCAGCCGUCAUUCUGUCUUUGGUUUCACAAUAUAUGAAGUUCUCUACCUGGCUAAUUACUUAGAAAAGUGCAUUUGCAAAAUUUCGUUCUAUUGAAGUAGAAAUUCUGUCUUCUGUUGCCCAGCUUGACAUUUGGUGGUGGUGAUGAUAUUCAUACUUCUGUAGGAGUAUGAAAUUUUCUUGCUUAGGUGAUGGUUAGUAUUGCUACCAGUCAAAGGAGUCGUCCUCAAGAGCGUCUUGUAAGAAUCAGACAUAACUUUCUUUUUCCUCAUCAUAGUGGACACAACUGCAGGUUUCGGAUGUGAGAAUUUCUCCAUUUUGAGUGCCUUUGCAACGAACAUUGGCAGCAUCCUAUGGCUGGAAUCUUGAGACAUUUCAAGGAAGAAGGAAUAUGCUUCUUUCCCCAAUGAUUAAAACGAGAAGUUUCAGAACCUGAGACUCUUUUGGUCAGGCCUUGUCCUGGUCAUUCUUUUUCUUGUUAUUCCUGUGGUUCAUGUGAUUUGUUUAUCCGUCAAAGUAGGUUAACAUUAGUCUUUUUCAGCUUCAUAAUAAGUAGAGGGAUUGGUUGGAGAAGAGUAAAAUGGAAGAAAGGAAGAGUACUAAUGCCAUUUUAAUGCGAUUUUAAUUCUUUAUAACGUA